CACCACAAUGACCCACAACAGCAAGAGGUCGAAGAAAUGAAGGAGAUUGGUGAUGGAAUGUGAUGAAAUAAGAUGGGAAGGACAUAUAGACGACGGACACGACACAGAUUCUGUCGAUGACGAUCAACCGCACCACACUCAUUUGUUGAAACAGCAAGACGCUCAACAUGGACACCAUCAAAUUCCUGAAUCUAACCUCAAGCAUCAUAGCCGCCAUCUCAGCUCCCUACAACAGCACCUCUGCCACUUCUCCCCUGACAGCCCGACAAGUCUCAGGAACAGGUCCCUAUGCCCCAACAACGACUUCCAACCCUCUCCUUCCGAUGCACACCAUCUACCAACCCGCGAACCUAUUCGUCGUCGCCGACUCGGUGCCAGUCAUUAUCUGGGGCAACAGCAUCUGCAAUACUAUGUCUGGAGAUCCGUACAAGACGUUGAACGAAGAGCUAGCGAGCUGGGGUAUGAUGGUGCUGGCUUGUGGAGAGGCUGCGUCCGCGCUCAAUACUGUGGAAAGCCAAGCUGGAAAGGACGCAUGGGAGAAGGUCGAUAAAGAGAAGGUCGGCAUGCUGGGCACUAGCUGCGCCGGCGCAGACCUCUACACCGCGGCUGAAGAUCCUCGAGUCCUGAGUCUGGCAAUUUUGGAUACGGGAAAGACCUCGAGCACUGCGGAGACCAGAGCGAUGGCUGCCAACACCACCAAGCCGGUGUUCUACUUCUCCACCGCCUCCACAGACACCGGUCUUGUGUCUCUAGACCACGGCGCUUCAGGCGUAAGAGCAGACUUUAACGCCGUGGCGAAGGGCGUGCCGACCUGGUAUGGCGUGUUGCCGGGCACGGACGUGGAGAUGCUGAGUGAGGGGAGUGCAGGGAAGAUGGGCAGAGCGGGAAGAUUUUGGGCGCAGUGGAUGGUGGGCGGGAACCAAAGCAGUAGUGAGUUCUUUGUUGAUGCGGCGGGGGCGGAGAGCGAGGGGUGGACGGUAGUGAGGAAGGGGAUGGAUGUGCUCGUUUCCUAAGCGCUGUUUCUGGGUCGGUGGUAGUAAGCGUUCGGGGGUGUAUGAAAUAUGAGAUGAUUGUUUGUGCUUUUGACCUGGUAUAUAAGGUUGACGCAUCCCAUGCUGAGUCUUGUUUUUGUUGGGAUUCACUCUUCUGUGCCAUCCAUCUCGACGUCGCCAUCGUCGCCUUCCUCCUCUUCCUGUUCGCCCCACCAGAGUGUCGGUCCCAGACCUGCCUGGUUCAUUGAGCCCUAGCAUAUCGUUAGCACCGUACAUCUCCCAAUGGAGUUGUCA